GAGAUAAAAGCAUUUCGUACCAGCCUUUCGCUUCUAUGUAACUUCGACUGGGUACCAGUACCGAUUGCUUAUCCCCAGCGUUGCAAAAACUACUUACAGGUUGUUUUUCUCGCUGUUCGAGUUUACUUUAUGAUAUGCCUUAUUUCACGUCAGUACAUAAUAGGAGAAGCAGCUGCUAAUAAAAGUGUGGUAAGUAGCCGUGGCGCUUCUCAAUCCUCUUGGUGA